AGAUAAGAGCUACGAUCAGAAUUAUUCAUUUUAUUCCUCACUUAUUCCAACCGAUUUAAAAAGGUUUUAACCUCUUUUCAUUCUGAUUCAAGUACAAAGAAAAGGAAGUCUAGCAAUAAAGUGAGUCGGCAAGGGUUGAGUCUUGAAAUAUAAUUGCUUAGGAAUACAUUUUAUGAAGUUUCGGUGAUUCCCCCUUAAAAACUUCAAGGAGCUAAAGAAACUGUAAUGAAUCGAGAAGAGCGGCAUCGUGGCUUCAAGGAGUCCUUGGAUGGAAUCUGGAGAAAGGAGUCCCAAUAUUUGGAUCAGAUCUUCGACGAGGGCAUUUCCUUAGAGCCCAAACAACAGAUGCAAUUCUACGAUUACGUUUAUCACCACUGCUCCAGCUUUGUCCAAAGUGGCAGCGUACACGCUCAGGAUCCCGGGAGGCACUUUCAUGAGUGCCUGACACGCUACCUUACCGUCCGGCUGAGGGAAAUGGCAGCGGAAAUGGAGACCAUCACAGAUUACGAGGAACUGCUCAUCGUCUAUGCCCGAAAAUGGCAGCCUUACCAGAAAGCGUGUACGGAAUUGGACCUCAUGUGCCGCUUCUUUAACGUCAACUGGGUGAAGCGAGAGCGACUGGUGGGUCACAACAAUGUCCAUGAGGUUUACCCUAUGGCCAUGCACCUCUGGAUGGAGCUCAUUUUCAGGCCCAUCGACAGGUCGUUGGUGGACUCCAUAGUUCGUCAAAGGAAAUACGCAGCCUCCCUGGUGUAUCAGGUGCUCCAGUCUAUUGUGCAGCUGUAUGCCAACGAUGUUAGGCAAGAGACGUCGGUUCGAGAUAAGUUAAUAAACAUAUUCGGAAUGGAAUCUGGAGUCUUGCAGUUCUACGAGAAACAGACAACGAAGGUGUUCGAAGGAAUACUGGAAUCUAAGAGGUAUUCCGCCCUCAAGCCCGUACUCAAGUACGCCUGCUUGGCGAUGCCCGAGAUCGAGGAGGGUGUAAACUUUAAGGAAAUCCUGAAGAGCCACAUAGCACCGCAGUUGAAGGAUGCGCUUGCUAGAUCAAUGGGAGGGAAGGAUUAUGUCCAGGCCAUACUUGCUUUGCGGCACGGUCCUCUGGAGCGCGGACUUCGUGAGCACAAGAAACUUCUUCAUGUCAUCGAUCAGGUGUGCGAAACGGCAAUUAAUUCAAGCGAGAUCAAUCAUAAGAUGACAUCCACUGAACUGUUGGUCCGGUAUGCCCAUCAACUCAUGACGUCGAAGGGUUCGUCGGAGGAUGAGCUUAAGCGGAUUGUUGAGGUUGUGGAAUUUAUUUUUGACAAAGAAAUGUUUCUUAUGCGAUACAGAGCAUCGCUGCAAAAUCGACAGAUCAACGAAACAUCCACUUCCGACGACCUUGAGGUAACGAUGGUUUCCCACCUAGCGAAGAGAUUUGGCCAUAUUGAAACGACAGACCUUUCGAAGCAGUUGAAGGAGAUGCAAAAAUCCAAUGUCAUAAAAGAUCAAUUUGAAGCCUACUUGGUUGGUAGGAAUAUAAAGCUGGGAUACGAUUUUCGCCUCAAGUGUUUUAAUGCUACAGAUAUUACACCCAAGAUUAAUUUAAUAAUGCCCUUUGAAAUGCAGCGAACCGUUGAGGUUUUCAAAACCUUUUUUCUCAAUACGUACACAAAUCGGAAAGUAGAAUUCAAUAUUCAGAAAUCAUCUGGAGAGAUUAUCAUAAAUAUUGAUCGAAAUUCUCCUUACUUUGUGAAAGUGAGCAUACCUCAAAUGGCGCUCCUACUACAGUUUAACCAGAAGGAUAAGUACACAGUCGAGGAGUUGGCGGUGAGGUUGGGCACACAAGUAGACAUCAUAAUACCGAUAUUGGACAGUUGUAUAAGGGAGAAAAUUCUAGUCUGUGGCGAGUCAUUAUCAUCAUCCUCCUCUGUGGAAGUGGCAAGGGAGUUCACAAAAAGGAAACGACAUCUCAACAUCAACACGGUGCCAACCAAGCAAAUAAAACUUGAACCGAAAUUCGAUGAAAAAGAAUUAAGACUAAAGCGGUCUAUUCAAGUCCGGUGUGUAGUUGUCCGGAUUAUGAAGAAGAGCAUGAUCAUAAGCCACACACAGUUAAUUGGCGAGGUCAUCGAGGCGCUAAAGAAUCACUUUAAACCAGACACAAAACUAAUUAAAAGGGAAAUUGAGCAUUUGAUUGACAUGAGUUACCUUGAGCGUUCCGACAAUAAUUCAUACACAUACAUAAGCUAA